AACUCCCCUGCUUGCUAUAUCCCGCUGCGUUCUUGCAUCCCAUCGUCUCGGACGCUACACAUACUCUCGCAUGACUGCAUGCAACGUAUCUAAUAUGCCUUGUGCACCACCAUCAUCAAAGAGGAAUGCCCGCCGCACGCAGCGUGCUAAUCCACCACAACGUUCGGACAGCGAUACCACAUCCAGCGACCGUAGCAGCUCUGACCCAUCCGAGAUCAGCAUAUCCAGCGACGAUUACGACAGCGCAUCGUCGCGCGCGAGCGAUUACCAGCCCCUUGACCUCGACGAGCCGAUAUCGUACACAUUCCAGAAUGGUGACCCGGUGUGGGUGCGAACAGAUGAUGGAGAGUGGAUACAAGGCAUCAUCUCGGGCUCGAGUACGCGCCGAGCAUCGAUACGUCAGCUUGCUCGCGAGCGUGUACAGAAGGAGGGCGUGUUCUUUCCCGUUGCAUUCGGCCGCAGCUCUCGAAGAUACUUCGCUCCCCUGAACGGUGACGUCAAGCCGGAUAACGCUGAGGUGAGACGGCUCCUGUCGGAAGGCGGUUGGCUAUGAUGCUCCUGCGCGCUCAUCUGUGCGGCCCUGUCUGGCAUCUAUUGAUAUGGCG